CGUAGUGGUUUGAGCGUUGGACUGCGUCUCUGGGUUCGAAUCUCGGCUUGGCCAUGAAACCCACUGAGUGACCGUGGGAACUUGCGCAUGUGGUUUUGUGGCGAGCGCAUCUGGACUUAGAGCGAUACCACACGGGAUUGACAGGCGAUAAACACACACAGAGAGACACAACGCAAAGGAGGGAAAGACAAGGCUCGCAGCUUGCAUUUCUGGGAAUCUUUGCUCCCUCUUGGUUACGGACCGGGAAACGUAACGCACUUCUGGCGGAGAAAGAAAACAUUGUGAAGGCUGGCAAGCAUCACACGCCGGUCUUCUGUGCUGCAUAGGCUUUGACCCGGGUACAUUGCAGGCAGAAGUGUGGCGGUUGCCAUCAUCCUUGUAGCUGAUGGACUGUGAUGGUUGUAACUGAUAUUAAAGAAGGAUGCCUCCUGGUAUUUAUUGCCCGGUCGAAUUUUGGUCCAAAGAAGCAAACCAAAGCAUCCAAGUGGACUUCCUCUUACCCACCGGCAUUUAUUUGCCUCUUUCGGUUUCUUGCAAUGCAACCUUGGGCACCAUCAAACAGGUGGUCUGGCACCAUGCCCAGUUCGAGCCCCUCUUCCACAUGCUCAGUGAGCCGGAGUCGUACGUCUUCACCUGCGUCAACCAAACAGCUGAGCGCCAGGAGCUGGAGGAUGAACAGCGGCGCCUCUGUGACAUCCAGCCCUUCUUGCCAGUCCUGCGGCUUGUGGCCCGGGAAGGCGAUCGGGUCAAGAAGCUGAUCAAUUCUCAGAUCAGUCUCCUCAUUGGCAAAGGUUUGCACGAGUUCGAUUCUCUGGCUGACCCGGAGGUAGAUGACUUUCGUACCAAAAUGCAACAGUUUUGCGAAGAGAGAGCAGCCAGGCGACAACAGCUGAACUGGAAGGCCUGGAUGGAGUACAGCUUCCCGGUCCAACUGGAACCAUUGGCGAAUGGUUUCGGAAGGAGAACUCCCCUCCAGGUCCCCAAUAAGAACAUUUUCGUCAACGUCAAGUUCGAAUCCGGAGGGGAAAGUUUUACCUUCCAGAUCUCGCCCAAGGAGUUCCCUGCGACGCUCAUGAGUUACGCCAUCAAAAAGCAAGCUACUGUUUUCCGGCACCAAAAAAUCAACAGCCCCGAAGAUUAUGCUUUGCAGAUUAACGGGAAACAUGAGUACCUUUAUGGAAACUACCCCUUGUACCAGUUCCAGUACAUCUGCGACUGCCUGCACCGUGGCCUCCUGCCCCACCUCACCAUGGUGCACUCCUCCUCCAUCGUGGCUUUAUGGGAAGAGCAGACCAAUGGCAUUACCCACCCUCUGAAAGCAGCCCCCAAACCGCCUCCAGUUCCAAAGAAAAAGCCAACGUCGGUCUCUCUGUGGUCCCUUGAUCAGCCUUACUAUAUUGAGUUGGUGCAAGGCAGUAAGGUUAAUGCCGACGAACGGAUGAAGCUGGUGGUCCAGGCAGGCCUGUACCACGGCCACGAGAUGCUCUGCAAGAUGGUGUCCAGCUCCGAAGUCAACGUUUGCUCGGAGCCCACAUGGGGUCAAAAGCUGGAAUUUGAGAUCAACGUCUGCGACCUGCCACGCAUGGCACGGCUCUGCUUGGCCCUCUAUGCCGUCGUGGAGAAGACUAAGAAAGCACGGUCCACCAAGAAGAAGUCCAAGAAAGCUGAUUGCCCCAUUGCCUGGGUGAACGUCAUGCUCUUUGAUUACCGAGACCAGCUGAAAACCGGAGCUUGCUGCCUACCAAUGUGGUCGUCAUUUCCAGAUGAGAAAGGAGAGCUGUUGAACCCAAUGGGCACGGUCCAGACCAACCCCAAUACUGAGAGUGCAGCAGCCUUGUUCAUCCAAUUCCCCAACAUUUCAUCAUAUCCGGUGUAUUAUCCCUCCUUUGAACAGAUACUAGAGCAAGGAAAGAAUGGGCAGUGUUCCCGUUCGGUGAUAGAGGAUCCAGAGGAGAAGCAACAGCUGAAGGAAAUCCUGGAGCGGAGAUCUCAAACGGAGCUCUACGAACACGAGAAGGACCUUGUGUGGAAAAUGCGGUACCAGAUCCGAGACCAGAACCCGGGCGCUUUGGCGAAGGUGCUGGUUGUCACCAAGUGGAAUAAACACGAAGAUGUCGCUCAGAUGAUCCAUUUGCUGCAGUCGUGGCCUGAGCUGCCAGUCCUCAACGCUCUGGAGCUGCUGGAUUUCAGCUUCCCCGACCGCUACGUGGGAUGCUUUACUGUCAACUCGCUGAAGAAGCUGACAGACGCCGAUUUGUUCCAAUACCUCCUGCAGCUGGUCCAAGUGCUGAAAUACGAAUCCUAUUUAGACUGUGAAUUGACCAAGUUCCUCUUGGAUCGGGCCUUAUCCAACCGCAAGAUCGGACACUUCCUUUUCUGGCAUCUCAGAUCAGAAAUGCAUGUUCCUUCUGUCGCCUUACGGUUCGGCCUGAUUUUGGAGGCUUACUGCCGAGGGAGCACCCACCACAUGAAAGCUCUCAUGAAACAGAGCGAAGCACUCAACAAGAUGAAGGCCCUGAAUGACCUCAUAAAAGCCAGUGCGCAGAAGAACACCAAGCCCCAAACCAAGGAGUUCAUGCACACCUGUAUGCGCCAAGAGACCUACAUGGAAGCCCUCUCCAACCUCCAGUCCCCUUUGAACCCCAGCGUCUUUCUGGCAAAAGUCAGCGUGGAGCUUUGCACUUUCAUGGAUUCGAAGAUGAAACCGCUGUGGAUUGUGUUUAACAAUGAAGACGCUGGAGGCAGCACCGUGGGAGUCAUCUUCAAAAACGGAGAUGACCUUCGUCAGGACAUGUUGACCUUGCAAAUGAUCAAACUCAUGGAUAUCCUAUGGAGGAAAGAGGGCCUUGAUUUGAGGAUGACCCCAUAUGGCUGCCUUUCCACGGGUGACAAGACGGGACUCAUCGAAGCGGUGAUGGGCUCGGACACCAUCGCCAACAUCCAGCUCAACAAGAGCAACAUGGCUGCCACGGCGGCCUUCAACAAGGAUGCUCUGUUGAACUGGCUGAAAUCCAAGAACCCUGGCGAUGCGUUGGACCGGGCCAUUGAGGAAUUCACGCUGUCAUGCGCUGGGUAUUGCGUGGCCACCUAUGUUUUGGGGAUCGGUGACCGUCACAGCGACAACAUCAUGAUCCGAGAGAAUGGCCAGUUGUUCCACAUUGAUUUUGGCCACUUCUUGGGAAACUUCAAGACCAAGUUUGGGAUCAAUCGCGAACGGGUUCCUUUCAUCUUGACGUACGACUUUGUUCACGUGAUCCAGCAAGGGAAAACCAACAACAGCGAGAAGUUUGAACGAUUCAGGGGGUACUGCGAAACCGCCUACAUGAUCCUACGGAGCCACGGUCUGCUCUUCCUGCACCUCUUUGCCCUCAUGAAAGCCGCCGGGUUGCCUGAGCUGAGCUGCUCCAAAGACAUCCAGUAUCUCAAGGACUCACUGGCCUUAGGGAAGACGGACGAAGAGGCAAGGAAACACUUCCAGCUCAAGUUUAAUGAAGCUCUCCGGGAAAGCUGGAAAACCAAAGUGAAUUGGCUGGCCCACAAUGUCUCCAAAGACAACCGGCAGUAGUUCCACUAGGAGCUGCCGUCCCUUUGCUCUUGUGGCGGACCAAUCCUCAAAGGGGUUUGAAUGGGGAAAGCACACUCCUUGUGUGAGUAUUGCCCCUGUCACCGACUCCGAAGUGUGAACGUUCUUCUUGCACUAAUGUCUUCUUGCAGGUUCUUGUUAUAGUUUAGCACAUGUGUGUCACAAAGGAUGACUGGAGAACGAUGGGCUCUUUUAUACUGAUCAGAGUCCAGCAAAAUAGUGCUGCACUUGACUCUUUUCACGGGUUGAAUGUGUGUUGUGUUCAAAACCUCCGGUGUCAAGGAAGAGCUGGUCUCUUCAAGUAACCAAAGACAAGGAGGAAUGUUUGAUGGUACUUUGCCUUUCCUCUUUAAAUAGUGCAACAACUGUAGUAUUUAAUGAGUCUUAUGCACUUGUAGGGAGGCGGACGAAAGGUUCGUGUCCCAAGGACCACUUAUUUGUCAUACCCAGCCUCCCUUUGCAGUGAACUAGAACCCCCAUCAUCCCCAGAUUCCAGCACAUUGGGGAAAUUGGAAUCCUGUUCCUGCAACAUUUACUUUUAGAGCCACUCAUUAGCAGAUAGGUUUUAAAGAUGGUAUGUAGGGAGAUCUUGUGGUGCCUUUGAGAGUCACUGAAAGAAAGAAGUUGUCGGCAUGAGUUUUCGGAUAUUCAUUUGAGGAAGUGGACUUUAGUCUCCGAAAGCUCAUGCUGACAUCUUUUGGUGAGUCUCAAAAUGGUGCUACAAGAUCUCUUUACAUAUUGAUUCUAGACCAACGGUCCCCAAACUGCCUUUUAAGAGACUUUGGACUUCAGCUCCCAGAAGCCUCAGCCAUGUUGGCCAAUUGUCUGGGAUUCUGGGAGCUGAAGUCCCUUAAAGGGCACAGUUUGGAGACCACUGUUGUAGACUAACAUGGCUAUAUGUUUGAAUCCUAGCUUUUAAAGAUGUAGCCCAAAAUCAUACUAUUAUUUUUGUUUUAUUCAAACUGUAAAACUUGAAUUUUCUAAGUCCAGUUGCAGAGGCAAGGCCUGUUAGCGUCUCUCAAUGUGUCCAAGAAUGACUGGGCUACUUGAGGGAGAUCUGGGCAACUGUGUUUCUCCAAGUCAGCGGUUCCCAAACUCAGGUCCUCCAGAUGUUUUGGACUUCAGCUCCCAGAAUUCCUAACAGUCGGCCGAUCUGGCUAAGGCUUCUGGGGGUUGAAGUCCAAAGUUUGGGAAUCACUGCUCUAAGUCUUAAAGCAGACAACUUUCGGAUACACCAGGUAGGACUAUCACUGGAUGGACAGACUCAGUACCCAACUGUUUAUUCAGUGGGUCUCCUCUACAACAGAAUCACUGCCAUCGCUAUGAGAAACACUGGCAUUUUUGUGCCACGGAAAACUGCCAUCGCCUCUCUUCUCUUUGAAACUGCCAGUCUGUGCCACCCAGCGGAGAGCGGCACCGACCAAAAUGGACAUUCCUGAAAACGAUGCAUCAUAACCAUACUCUUUUUUGUUUUAAUGUAAAGAUUACUUUGUCAAUAUACUGUACCUGUAAAGAAUGUGACAGAACUAAGGUACUGUGUUCAAGUCAACUGUGUACUGCCCCCCCUCCAAUGUGGAGUUUAGAUCCAGUUUCAGGUGCUUCUUGGAAGUGCAAAACAGAGUAUUUUUAUUUGUUUGAA